AGCAUACCUCCAAAGAGACCCCAAGCAGCUUUAUUUUGGCAGUCUGUAACAGGCCAGAGUUUCUGGGGAAGUGCUUUCUAGUUCUAAUCUCCCCUGUGCUGCUCAGUUCCCUGAAUCAAAUGGAAGAAAGGGGAACUUGAAACUGUGCCGACUGGCUAUUGCUGAGUGAGGAGUGUAAGGCCCCAAGUGCAGGAAAGCAUGUGCUUUGUGGUUGUGGGCAGUCCUUCUGCCAGAUCAAGUACAGCGGAAUAGACGCUAAGCUCAAACGCUGGACACUACCUUGGGGGGAAGGCAUAGGCAGAACAGAUUUCACUCAUUUCCCCCCAUUUGCAUCGCUCGGUCUGGUCCUUUUGGGAAAAGAUUCAGAGCUGGACUGGUUGGCACCACCGUAAUCUCCAGGAUGAAGUGGUCUCUUUGGAUAGCUCUGAUUCUCCUAGAGGUUGAAGAAGCAGCUCCCACUGCAGAUGCUUUGCAGGCACCAGAGCUCUGUUACGUCUUGGAUGGAAUCCUCUUUGUCUACGGUGUUGUUCUCACACUCCUGUACUGCAGACUUAAGAUCCGGUACCGAAAGAAACUGAACUAUCUUUCUGCUAACAUUCAUGAGAAAGCAGAAGGAAUCUAUACAGGCCUGGUUGCUUGUGAGACUGAAACUUACACAACCCUUGAGCUCCCCAAGCUUAAUCCGCAAGAGGAGCCUCCAAAACAGGACUCCUUGGUGGGAUAGAUGAAUUCUUUGUGGAUGCUUCCUAAUACGUGCUCCCCUAUAAUCUCACAACUGCAUCUGAGGCUAGAAGUCAGAAUAUUUUUAACCCCAUCCUUUGCUGGUUCUGCAGGGAAGACUCCGCCUAACUGACAGCAGAUCAGCCAAGCAGAAAUGAUGGUGCUUUGGGUCUUGCCCAUUGUAUUCGUGCCCUUUGCUUGCGCAUUGCAGCCACUGGUUUCCAGGGUGGGAUGGCUGGGAGACAGGAGGGACAGAAGGAAGGACUCAGACCUGUGUUUAUGCCUCUCUUAAUACUGUCAGCCAUAGUUCAUUUUGCUAAUUGAUUGCAUUGUUUUCUGAGUUCUUGUUUUUGAAUAAUGGGUUUGCCCAGUGGCAUCACUAGGGUUUGCGUCACCCGGUGCGGAAACUCAUGGUGCCAUCCCUCCUCACUGACCUCCUCCCGUCCCACACCAUCCAGAAUCCUUAGGAAUGUCUUUUGUACAGUUGUUACUCAUAAAUUGCAAUUCCUGUCUUAUCUCUGAAUGUAACGGUAAUAGCCGUGACCUAAAACAACUGCCAACAUUAAAAUUACACCUUCAAAUGUA